CCUUACGUGACGAUGUCUGAGAUUGCUUUACUGUUUGUUACGCUAUAAUUUAAAAUAUCAUGCCCCGAUUCUAGAAGAAAUAUCCAGAAGAUAUCAAGAAUCACGUAAAGGAUGUUUUCCUUCAGACAAUUACUUCCUUUGCGUCAUGCAGUCAGGGGUGUGAGAAGGUGCGCCCAAGGAUUUCCUCACCUUGAGAAAUGGCAGCAGCAUAUUCAACCCAAUAUCAUUUCGUGUUCUAUAUCUACAGAGGUUGAUAAAAGUAGUUCUGAUAAAAUCAAGGCUUCAGAAUCGUUUAAAAAAGAAUCCAUCAAAAAAGAGGAAACUGACAGCGUUCCUGCAACAUUGGAUGGAAACACAUCAACUUCAUCCCAUGAAUUUGAGGGAGAUCCCACAUUCCUGUGCAUUUUACAUGUACUUGAAAGUAACAAAACAGGAGGAAAAGCUGAAGCAACUGAAUUAUAUGACACAAUUUUAGAGGCACAUAAGACAGAAGAUAAACACAAACAUCUUGAAGUUUUCCUUAACAUUCUGAAAGGUCUCAACUUGAAAGGAGGAGCCAGUAGUUCUAAGCAAGUACAGAUUCUGCUUUAUUGUAAGGAAAUCAAAGGGCUGUUUGCUAGCAUCCUAAAUGCUUUUACAAUUUACACUGAACAUGAAUUGCUGAACAUUCUAGCCUUAAAUAGGAAAUUUCGAUUUUUAAGUUUUAGUCAGGAAAAAGCUGUGUGGGAAAAUAUACUUAAUCAUUUAAACAAACUCAGUAUUUUAACUUCAGUUGGAUUGUAUGAUAUGUCCAAAAAAAGCAAAGCAUGUCCUGAUGCUAGGGAAAAGAUUAUCAGGAACAUUUCGAGGCGGUGGAUGGAGGUCGAGAAGGGUGCCGAAAUCAUAUCGUUGAUGAAUAUAAUGUUACAAGAAAGUAAGAGGACAUCAGACACUUCAAUGCUUGACAAUCUGGAGGAGAAAGCUCUACAAAAAGUGCAAACAUUUAGUUUGGAUGAAAACAUCAAAACCUUGCAGACCUUGUCCAAAGGCCAAAGAAGAAACUUACCUCUAAUAAAAUCCCUGGCCUACUGCAUUAAAGAGAAAAUGACCGACACUGUUUCCCUCAGUUCAUUGGCAUCUGUCAUGACAAGUCUAAGUGUUCUGAACAUUCAGGACUCUACCAUGCUAGGGCUUUUGUCAGACAGAGUUUCUAAGGUGUCAUGGGAGUUGAGAGAUGAUUGGACAGUACAGAAUUUAAAGGACCUCUCCUCUGUCCUCAUGUCCUGUGCACACCUGAGGUGGUUGAAGCCUCCUCUGGACAAAACCUUUUUGUCACAAUUCCCCAAAUUUCAAGAACAUUUGUCCCCAAGUCAGCUAUGUCAUGCAAUAUAUAGCAUGAGUAAACUUCAGUGUUUCACAGGCCAAGAAAAAGAUGUGAUAAUGCAAAUGGUGGAACAGUUGAGAACAACAAGCAUAAUAGAAGAAAAUCCCAAGCUGUGGCUCAAUAUGGUACUGGCGCUAGGCUGGAGUGACUUCUCUGACGAAGGCCUUCUGUCUACAGUGCUUCAGCAGAAUUUUGUAAAUAUCAUACAAGAGAAUUUCCCAGCGAUGGUGCCAAGCAUUAGGCAGUUGGAAUACGAGGCUAACAUAGCAUUUCCUAAUUUCCAGUUUCCAAAGCCUAAUCUAAGAAAUCUUAAACCACUGAAGACCUCCAAGCCUGAUUCUACUGUAGAAGGUGUGAUAGAAAUGGCUCAUAUUCUGGACCGGAACAUGGAGGAUGAUGUUCAGACAAACAUUCUUACUCCUCAGGGACAUGAAAUUGAUGUGUUGUUGCUGGUUGACAACAAUGGGAAAGUAAUUCCAUUCUCAAGUACUCAAGGAUCCAGUGUUCAGAAGGUUGCCAUCAAAGUUCUAAGAUACCAAAAUACAAUUAAACCUAUAAUGAAGCCCACCGGAGAUGUCAGCAUGUGUUUACGACAUCUCAAGUCUCUAGGAUACAAAGUGGUGGUGAUACCAUACAAUUCGUGGGCAACUAACCCAGGCAACUCUGCCAAAUUAAUGUAUCUGGAAAGAGUCAUUUCAGACAGUAUGAAACAAUAAUUUAAAGACUAUAUUUGUAAUUUAAUUUUGUUGAGAAUAAAUUAUCUUAAUUUU